GGACCCCUCAUUUCGACCUAUUCUCGCACCUAUUCUCCUUGAACGAUAAAAAUGACAUCUGAUUCCUCUCGUUACACCUGAGGCAGGUGGGAGCAGGUGACCUCUUUGCCCCUCCGGAUGGAGAUUUGGGGGCUCCGCCAUCUUCCCAGCCCGGAAUGGAGAAGCCGAAGGACCCAAAACCCAGCCGGUUCUACACAUGCAACAAGGAGGAUGGCAAAGUUGGCGAAAAGGUUCCUGAAAUCCUGACGCUGCCGUUGAAUAAAAUCAGCGACAAGGCGGUCAUAAGAGGCGCCGGUUAUCUCGGCUUUACGCUCGGCUGCGCUCUGGCUAAAUCAGGAACCAAAGUCAUUUUGUACGAUUUUAAUCCGCCGAUCUGGAACAUUCCAAAAGGGAUAAUAUUGAUCAGGUCGGACGUGAGAAACUUUAGUGAUUUGUACUCCGCCUGCGAAGGUGUGGAUUGUCUCAUCCACGCAGCCUCGUACGGGAUGACCGGCAUACAACAACUGCGCAAGAAACACAUUCGGUCGGUCAACAUCGGAGGGACCGGAAUCGUCCUUGAAGUUUGCAAGCGGCAAAGAAUCCCCAGGUUGAUCUACACCAGUACAGUCAAUGUGGUCUUUGCAGGAGAAACGAUCGUGGACGGCGACGAAGCGACCGUGUCCUAUGUUCCUUUAGAGCAGCAAGUUAAUGAAUAUUCCCGGACGAAAGCCAUCGCAGAACAAAUGGUCUUGGCAGCUAAUGGGUCACUCCUACCAGGAGGAGGGAAGUUACGCACAUGUGCAAUCCGCCCUCCUGGGAUUUAUGGACCGGAAGAGCUGCAGCAUUUGUCUCGGUUAGCCCGCAAUAUGGAGAGAGGUUUUUUUCACGUCCGUUUGGGCGAUCCGGGAAUCCUGACGAACUGGGUGCAUGUGAAAAAUCUGGUCCAAGCCCACAUCCUGGCGGCCAAGGCUCUCACUCCCGAAACGGACUACAUCGCGGGUGGCCAGGCAUACUUUAUCAACGACGGGGAAGAGGUCAACCUGUUUGAGUGGCUCUCGCCCUUGUUUGAAAGACUGGGCUACCAGAAACCGUGGAUCCAUAUUCCUGUUUUUCUAGUUCAUCUAACAGCUGUCGUCGUGGAAAAAGUGCAAACUCUGUUGCUCCCCAUCGUGGAAAUCCCACCCCUGAUCACCAGAAAUGAAAUGCACAAUAUGUGGGUCACACACACCUUCAAAAUUGAUAAAGCUCAGGCCCAGCUCGGCUACGUUCCGAAAAAGUACUCGUUGGACGACUGUGUGGAUCACUUUUUGAAAAAAGGACCUCGGCCUAGGAAUUUUUUCUUACAAAAAUACCUUUUUCUACUAGUCCUCCUCACGGGGAUAAUCGCGCUGUCUGUGAAAUUCACCCAAGUCCGAGAUUUUCUGCUAGAUUCCUAGGAAAAAUAUCAAUAUCUUCUGGAGAUGUAAGGCGGGGCGUUGCUCGCCAGCCAGGCCUUAGAUAUGGGGAUGGGAAGUGUGGCACAUGGGCUUUGGAGUCGUUCCCCAACUUGCAGGCCAAACAGGUACGAAAAGGACGCGAGAACGAUUGUUCCGAAAUCAAAAAGGCGAACGGACGGGUCAACCAAGUGCAGCGACAGGAACGUUGCACCCGGGCGUCUUCUCCGGAACUCCCUUGAGAUCCUCCACAGGUUUUGCGUGGCUGCAUGAGGAAGAAAAACGAAAGCCAAAAAGAGGGAUGCUUAAUCCCCCCACCUCCACCCCACCUCAUCUGGGCACCGUAAGAGCCACCCAGAAGGAUCAAGAUCGGUGUCCCCUUCUGAAGAUGGAGCCUCGAAGGAUGACGUGGGGACCCCAACUAGGUGAAGGACCCGCAUGGACAUUUUUGUGCCCGUGUGCCGCCAUCUGGCUAAUGUUUGGGUCAACCGAGCCGAGGCGCUAAAAAUUAAAGUACUUGGAAGAAAA